AUGUCUAAAGUAUUGACCUCAGGAUCAAGUAUAUUACUUCUGUUCAUAACAAUUGCGUCACUAAAAUCAAUCGGAGCGGCUAAUCUCUAUAAUUUUGAAGAGCACAAUGGAAAAAUUUCGUUAAUUAAUAAUAAUAACGCCGCUUCCGUGCGUCAUAAUCAUUUAAAUUCACUCAAUAAUGACAAUGAUAGAGUCCAGAGGUCUGUUAAUUCAAACCAUAAUUAUUAUGAUCAACAACGAAAUCCGCUGGAUUAUAUUGUAAAUCCUUCUGAUGAUAAUGAUAAACAAUUACUAAGUAUAAUUAAAAAUAUUGAUGAUUUACAACGUCUUAAUGUCAAGGAUAAAAAUAUAUUAGCACUGAAACUGUCAAAUUACCUCCAAAAUAUGGGCUAUACUAAAAAUAAUAAUAAUAAUAAUAAUAACUUAAUGUCAUUUUUGUUGGUGAUGAUGACACUAGCUGAGCAUAAAAAACCACAUGAGCGUAUCCCAUUAUUUAUUGACGGCUCAAACGAUAACGACCAAGAUGAUAAUGAUGAUGAAGUUGAUGACAAUGAGGAAGACGAUUACAAUAGUUUGGCUGAAAUAAUAAACAAUAAUAAGUUGAGUAAAGUUGCUAUGGAUAAAAACAAAGAGGACCAGGACCUUUAUUACCGAAAGCGACGGCAAGUACUCAGGAAUUUUGGAAGUAAUGACAAAUAUCUUGAUGUUGUUAAAAAUAACUAUCCUGUUAAGAGGAAUGUUGAUGUCAUGAAGAUGAUGGAGCACCAGUGGAUUGGUUCUGACUCAAACCGGCCUGAAAAAACUGCAGAACAAGAUGAUCUAGACAUUUUGUUCGGCCUUCACAAAGAAGAAAAGAAAAACUUAUCCGAAAAAAGUAAUUCAGGCCCGAACAAAAAAGAAGAAAUCGUACAAAGAAGUUCCCAAAUAAAACCAUCAAAAAAUCCUGUCAAUAUGAAUUCAGUGAACCCGACUGUGGAAAGUCAUUUCAGUACCAAGAGUAUCAACAUUAAUAAUAAAAUUAAUCCUACAACAAAAUCUAACGCCAAAGAAGAACUGACUCAAGAACAAAUUCACAUUACAAGUAAAAAGAAGAAGAAUGUUGAUUGGUCUCAGUACUUUGGUAUUGACAAAAGAAUGCGGCAACCUAAUUGGUCAUUUGCUGGUAAGCCUGAAACCCAAAAAGAAGACGAUGAUUGGCUGAUCCAGCAUUAUUACCAGACCAUGGCAGAUAAUUUAAACAACCAUGCUCACCUGUCUUCUGUAAAUAAUAAUUACAAGUCGAUGAAGCGUAACAAUGAAAACAAAAUAGAAAAUAUUGUAAAGUACUCAAGAGACUCCGCGGUAGCAGAUCAAGUUUAUGAGAUUGAUGAUGAAGAUACGCAGAGAGUAAAAGACAAAAUUUUGAGCCAACUAGCCGCGGCUUACUCAUUGGAAAAAAUGCGCAAAGCUUUGGACGAGCUGAAGCAUAAUAUAAAAAUUCACCAGCAAGGCGAGUCUUUUGAUAAAGUCUACAGAGUUAAAGACUCCAGGGAGAAGAAAAAUUACUUAUCGAAGGUUAAUAAUAAUUAUGAUAGCUUAAAAAGUCGUCCUUAUUUUUUUCACCAGGAUAAAAAGUCAGAGUGUCCUAGCUCGGAGCUAGAAGAAAUAAAACAGCACUGCAUGCCUGUAAAUAAUUAUAUUGGGGGCCAGAUGCUGUUCCUGCCUUGCAUCAGGCAUCAGAUUUGCAAGAUGUGCAGCGAUAACACAAAAGAAGAGAACAAAUGCAUAAACUUCUUCGCUAUCGAGGCCGCAAGAGUUUGCGAUAAUAUUCAGCAGGAUGAUGAAGAUGAUGAUGAUGGUGAUCUGGUAGCUGCUCGCGACUCCUGUAGAAAAAUUGCUGUCUCAAUAACGCAAAUACAAAUCCCUCCAUUAGUUGGCCAAGAUAACUCGCUUUGCUACAAAAUAAUCACACACAGUAAUUAUAAUUCUUGUUUGAAAGACUUUGAGCAACAAGAGCAUCACAAUUAUUUUAAUAAUAACAAUAAUAAUAAUUAUUAUCCGUACAAAAUGUAA